AGUUAAAAGAUUUGUUCAAACACACCGAUUCGCUCCCUGAAAGGAUUAAUUCAAAACUCUUUCACGAAAGAAAAGCCACUACAGCUUUGAGCUGAUUCAGGUGGAGACGUGUUUUAACACAUUCUGGCUUGUUCCCCUCAUUCCAAGUCAAGGUAGAGCUCAAACAGUGAUCUCUGCUAGAUUAUUCAUUAUGUUCUAAUAUGAACUAUCCCAGCACGGAUUUGAGCUGCCUUUCUCUUUAAUUCUGCUGGAUACUUUAUUGCGGAGCCCCCACAAAAUGUUGGAGGGCGGGCCGCGCAGCAGCAGCGCAGUGAGUUGUCAAAAUCUGUUGUGGUGGUGACGCCGAGGGUCUACAACGCCCACUGAAGUAAAUUGAUGUGAAGUUUGUCUCGCGAGGGAUUAUAUGGGCUUUUUAUUAUCGUCAGCGUUGCGAUUGUUAACGUCUUUUGAAUUGAGCUGAACGAUAAUGCAGCGAUUUCUCUUACUGCAACUUCGCGCGGCGGACAGGCACAAGGGCGCGGGCAGUGCAUAGUUAUCCAAUGCGCAAGUGUCAUUCUGUUAGAUUAUCCCAAACAACUGCGUCUCCAACUGCACUGGGAUGCCUCUUAUAAGCCUGGACGACGAUGAUCAGAGAUGGGUCCCGACGCAUGUCAACGUGACCGUCCUUCGCGCAAGGGGUCUGCGGACGAAGGGCAAGCAAGGCAGCCGCUAUGUUUACACUAUCAUCCAGGUCGGCAAGGAGAAGUACACCACCGGCCUGGUGGAGAAGGCUGAGGAGCCGCAGUGGAACGAGGAGUGCUCGUUUGAGCUGCCGCCCGGGCUCCUGGAGGCGGGUGGGACGAGCGCGUACCCGCCCGGGAGCAGCAACCUGGUGCUCACCGUGAUGCAUAGAGUUCUGAUCGGGUUGGACGUGUUUCUCGGUCAAAUUAUUGUCCCACUCGACAAAGUUUUCCAGGAAGGAAUGUGUCCUAGAAAUGAGUGGCUCAAGCUGCACUCCAAGGCUGGUCGAAAGGAGAAGGAGCGGGGAGAGCUGCAGGUCAACAUCCAGUUCACCCGCAACAACAUGACCGCUAGUAUGUAUGAUUUGACCAUAACGGACAAGCCUCGUUCUGCAUUUGGGAAACUGAAGGACCGCGUCACAGGAAGAAAGCGGGGAGACGUGGAGUCCUCCUCUGCCAUUUUGCCUGGCCGCUAUGCCGCCCUAUCAGGGUCUGUAGGUCCUCCGUUUGCCGGAGAUGGUGGACCCGAUGAGCCAGGCGAGGAAGAGGUGGUCGAUGAACACCGGAGCAAGGUGAAAGACUUCUUCCUUAAAGGGAAACUACGCAAGAAUUCAGACACACGGUCCUGUUCAUCAUUGGCUUCGGACAGUAGCAUGGCAUCGUCUGCUGGGGAACCAUUCGUCCCAGUAGAGCUGUCCAGAACGCCUGUCUACAGCAGCAGAGUGUUGGAGCCCUUCCGAAUGGACACUGAAGGAGGGAUCAAAGUGAUGACCCAUAAGCGUGCACACAGCGACGAAGCCAGUAAGAUCACAGGUGUUCCUCAUCUUAGCCCUGCCGUGGAAAACCUAAAAGGUCAGAACACGGCGCUCUCCAAAUCAACCCUCUGCAUCAACGGUAGCCAUAUCUACUCAUCCGAGCCUGUCAGCCCCAAGAGUCCAAGCACUAACCCGGCCAAGCGCUCCCUGCUGGAGAAAUGCGCACCCCUUUCUCGCUCUCUCCAGAACCUGACCCGACGUGGCGAGGACUCACAGAAGAGCGAUGGUAGACGCUGGUCCAUUGAAAAGAGCAAGAAGGAGGAUGGGGAGAUGGAUGGAGCUCAAAGUCAGACCCAAGGGGCUGCCACUCCAGAGGGAAAGACAGUGCAGGCCGCUGGACCUGUGGAAGUGGUGGAUAAAGGGAAAAAGCUGAGGAAAACUCUUUUUUCUAGUGGGAGGAGUGACUCUCUCCCAGCCAAGCCGGAGCAGAGCCAGGUUUCUGCUCCGCUUGAGGGCAGACGCAGAGGAUGGUUUGGCUCAGGUGACUCACAGAACAAGCCAAGGCUGGGAGUCUCUCCUAAGGUAGAGAGCAGCUCAGACACCCCCUGUCAGAUCCCUUGCUCACCCAGUCAGCCCCCAUGCUCUCUUCCACUCAGUUGCACUACUGGCUCGGUGUCUCCCCCUAGUGGCAAUCACACCAACCCAUUCACCCACUCUUCCCCAACACCCCCUUCCAUCUCUCCCUCCAACCCGUUCCUCACACGACUACAGCAAAAUCCUUUUUUUGAGGAUCUUAUAGCUGAGGAAGCACUGAAGUCUCCAACUGCUGGUUACUGUUCUCUCAAUUCCAGUCUUUAUCAUUAUCCAGUCGGAUCCGGUCCCCUCCGUAAUGGAAUGCCGAACAAAAUGUCCGCAAUAAAGCGGGAUAGACCCAGGAGUAUGUCCAGGCAGAGGUCUCUUCCGACCAUUAUGCCUGAGACCCCAGAAGCAAACUCAAAUAAUAAUCCGAACCACUCUCUGUCUGAGAGGGCUGGGGAAUGGGAUGAUUUUGAGGAAUUUGCCACCAGCCGUCUCAAAUCGCCAAAUGGGACUCCAACUAGACCUCCGUCAGCACCGUUUCUUUCACAGGUACCAAAUACAAACCAGAUGAUGUUUGUAAAUGAUAAAGCAAUUGGUUUAAGAGUUGAUGAAGUUGAUAUGGGUAUUUCAAAGCCAUGGGAUCUGCCUCCUCUACCACCACGUAGACCCAUGAGGACCCAAGUGAUCACCACGGACAGCUGGUUGGAUAGAGCCCAGGAGCUGGCUGUGCAGAAAGAGGCCUGCUUUCUCUCCCAGACUGAUUUUGCCUCCCUUCAGCAUGUGAGAGACGGAGACUUGAAGAGGAACUCUCAAGUUUUAUGUUCAGAUAAAGAGUUGCAUCACAUUUCUUCAGUAGGGCAUUACAAGAUGGAAGCAGAGUUGCACAGUGGUAUCAAACUGAACCAGUUCAUGGCUGGGGAAGCAACAGGGCAAGAUUUCCCUACAAACAACAGUGCUGACGCUUCUCCAAAUGGUUUUGGUGAAGAUGCACUUGGAAGCUCUGAAUGCGAGAACACGGUACCUGAAACGCUGUGUUUUCCGUCUGAUUGGGAAACCACAGUGGCCGAAUCACUUUGCAGUUCACCUCAGGCCCAACCCAAACACGAUUCAGAAUUGUCCUGUGAAGUAAAGGUCUCGAAUGAGCAACAACAAAAGACUAAAACCAAUGACAUGGGUUUGUUGACCCUCUCCCCUAGAGAUUCAAACAAUAAUACAGAUAUUACUUCAGAGUUUGCUUUCAUUGAUUCUGAAAGUUCACCGUCGGAGUUGCAACCACCUUUUGAAAUGAAUAAAGAAGAUAAAGCAUCCAAAGAUUGUUCACAUUUGCACUCUGGGAACGAUUCCUUACUUCCCAGGUGCUCACCAGGCUUACCUGAGGAUAUAUUGUGCAGAAUGACAUCAGAGUUGGAGAUGUUUUCACCAAAGAACACCCAUAAUGAUAUCGCAUCACAUUUGUCUAACUCACAAAACCAUAACCAUUGCUCAUCACCUUUUGAGAGAUCUUGUGAAGGACUGGAAGGACAAAAUGUCAACCCUUGUGAACACCAAAACACUGCUUCAACGUUUAACUGUGACUCUCACGACGUGGCUGACGUUCUCCUCAGAGAAGAAAUCACUGUGAUCACUCAAACAUGCUCAAGCAAUGACAACACUGUGACAACUCAAAUCAAACCAGAGAUGGUGAAAGACAGUUCUGUCUUGCUCACUACGCAUGAUGAUGAGGAGCUUAAUGUUCGUUUAACAGACGGUAACCUAAACUCUGAAGUCUGCUUCUCAAAGAACAGUGAGGUCAAGGGAUCUUGUUCGACACUGGAUGAACAAAUCAGCUUUGAGGACUUGCAUGCUAGAGUAGCUCCAAGAAACUCCAGAAGCCCCUUUUCAACAGAAGUCAGAUCAGCCCGCAUCAGACCACGCUCAACCACAAGCUCACCCAAAACUGUUUUCGGUGCCAGCUCGCUCCCAGGCUCUCAUAACCCUGCAUCAGACCUCAUUUUGCAUGAUUUUUCCCCUUCACCCACCCCAUUAGCUGGUACUAAUUCCUGUCUCCGCCUUGACCCUUCCUAUCUGGCAAAUCCCCCAAACGAGAUGCCCAGCAUGGGUUCCACAUGCUCCUCCACAGCCCAGUCCCACGUUGAUGCACCGCUCUCCCUCUCACCUGAGGAGACACAGCCAGCAAACGUCCUCCUGCCCCAUGAGGAGAGCAGCCCUCACCCAGUGAAGCCCUUGACCAACACGGUUGUGCAGGGAGAGAAGAAACCUGAAAGCCGCUCAGUUCUGGAAAAACUCAAGUCCACCAUCAACCCUGGAAAAUCUGCGCCACCAACCACUGCUGAGGAUGAGACAAACCAGUUGACUCUGAUGGAGGCCCGGGCUCAGUAUCAGAACAUGACCAACAUGGAGCUGAUAUCUCUGCUGCUUCAGCAGGAAAUGGACGUCAAGAAGCAGCGAGCUGAAACCGAGGUGCAGGUGGCGUUAUUGGAGAAACGUGAGGCCGAACUGAAGAAGAUGAGGGUUCAGGUCAGAGACCUGGAGGACUACAUUGACAAACUGCUGGUGCGCAUCAUGGAACAGACGCCCACCUUGCUGCAGGUACGCGCAAGACCGAAAUGACUACAGUGACCCGCUCCGUCCGUCCUGAAAACACUAUUCAUCUAAAGCCAUUUGUGAUGCUCCAUUAAAUUUCAAAACUGCCAGAUUCACAUAGACACGAUAAAGCUUUGCAUGCUUUUUACUGGACUUCCAAAUCCACAGUCAAUGAAGCUUAGCAUACUACUAGUUAUUAUAUGAGCACAAGGCAGUGGUUAAAAGUUAAAAAAAAGGAUCUGCAUUUAGAUUGAUUUUGUUAAUCUCAUGUAGAUGUAAAUAUUCAUAAAAUCUACACAAAUAUGUCUUCCUGUUCAUGAAUAUGAUAAUUUUCAUAAUAGGGAAUAAGAGGAUCUAAGAUCUUGACGCAUCAGUGUACCAAAAUGUUAAACAUAAAAAAUAUCUUACAAAAAUCCACAAAUGCAAGUAAAAAAACCACUGCCUAUAAUAACCGACUUCUUUAAAUGUCACUUUAACACUCUUCUUUCCUCAGAAUUGGAAGUAAAAUAGAAUAACAAUAAAAUAAUAUUAAAAAAAAAAACUGAACUACUUAUCUACCUUUCAAUCCUCCAAACGUGUCCAAAUCUCAAGAAAAUAUUGUUUAUUGACUACACGUUGUAUUAAAACGAAUGUUACACUGUUCAGUAUGAAUCCAGAGAUUUAAAAACAUUAGUAAUAUUUAAUACAUGUGUAGCCUAAUACACCUUGUGUCUAAGUUGAUGUAAAAUAUUGCUUUCAAAAAUAUUCUGUACAUGUAAAUAAAUAUCUUACUUCUUGAUAGCUUUAAAAGCACCUUAAUGCGCAUUAUGCAAAACCGUUGUGCUUGAGCCAGUCAGCUUUGCCACAUUGAAGCCACUGAUAUCAGUGCAUGCUCACUUCCAUCAAGCACUCGCACAAAAGCAGAGAUUGUUUCUGCAUCAUGUAAGCUAUGCAAUAAUACAACCUGCUAAACCGUAGCUUAAGUUAAUAUAUGCUACAUAAAAUAUAUUCAUGAAGCCUUAGCUCUGCUGAAUACUUAGAUCAUUGCUCAUGUAGCAAAUUUAGUGAUAUGCAAAUGCCUAAGCUUUCUAAACCACAAAAACAAUGUUUAUUUUUAAGGCAAAAAUGUGUUGGCAUACUGCAUUGUAACUUCACUGUGCUUUUUUUUUUCUGAUAUUCAUUCCGAUGGUGUCUUAUACCAUUGUUUUUGUUCUGUUUUAAAGGUUACAGUGUGUGAUUUUUAUUUAGUAUUCAGUGUUUUCUUUUGUUGAUGUCUCCUCAUUUAUUCUUCUGAUGAAAAAUGAUAGGAGAUUCUGUCACACAAGAUCUCAGUAUUGGACUUAAAGAAAGUACAGGGUUGCAGUUAAUUUUGUUGACUCACUGCAUUAAAAGUUGUAUUUGUAACAAUGCAUCCUAAAAUGAAACCUUUUUAGUUGUAGUUACAAAGCCCUCAGUGUUCCCCCAUGUGUUCAAGGAAAGAGUCAUGCAGCACUGUGAUUCUAGAUUGUUGUUGAUUCAUUUUGCUUUUUAAUCACCAUUUUGCAAUGUGCCUCUGGAUUUAUUUACAACAUACAUUCAUAUUUGUAUUUUCUUAUUUUGUUUUAUUUAUUGCUAAUUAUUUCAAACAGCUUCAUUUUCAAAGUUAUUUGAAAAUAAAGUUAUAAAAUCA